AUGCCUCCUUCAACCGUCUGUACAGCGAAAGCGUCGUACAAGAAGGCUCCGGGACUGCUAGAGCUCACAGACACUCACCUUCAAUGGUCUCAGGACGGGAAAAAGGCUCCGAGCAUAAGAGUCCCUUACGCUGAGCUCGCUUCCUUGUUCUGUAGUAAGGAAGGCGCUGCGCAAGUCAGACUGAAAGUGGGUCUGGUCAGUGACGACGCUGGGCAUAAUUUUACCUUUACGUCGCCCCAACCCGUCGCGCUCUCGGAGCGAGAGACCUUCAAACGCGAACUUACGAAUAUCAUUGCGCGCAAUCGUAGCACUGCUGAGCCCACGACCCCAAAACCUGUCAUUGCAACCAGUCCUAUUACUCCGGUUUCAAAUGGCCAUCCGCCACCUCUGCGUCCCUCUGGGGCCGCCACUCCCGCUCUCCCGCCGCCCAUUUCUAGAGCGGCAAGUGUGGUGAGUAGUGGAGGAACUCCAGGACCUGGAGGUGCGGUAUCUGCAUCCGACUUCAAGCUGAGGAAGAAGGUACUCGUGAACAACCCCGAGCUUGCUACCUUACAUCGGGAACUUGUGAUGACCGGUCAAAUCACUGAAGCUGAAUUCUGGGAGGGGAGAGAACAUUUACUGGCUGCUCAGGCUGCCGCGGACAGUCAGAAACGAGGUCGGCCUGGAGCGUUAGUGGACCCACGGCCACAAACGGUUGAGGGCGGUGACAUCAAGAUAGUCAUCACACCCCAGCUAGUCCACGAUAUCUUCGAAGAGUUUCCAAUCGUUGCGAAGGCAUAUAACGAGAAUGUUCCCAAACCACUAAAUGAGGCAGACUUCUGGAAACGAUACUUCCAGUCAAAGCUUUUCCACGCUCACCGCGCAUCUAUACGGUCCAGCGCCACGCAGAAUGUGGUGAAAGACGAUCCCAUAUUCGACAAAUACCUGGAGAAGGAGGAUAAUGAACUGGAGCCACGGCGACAGCGCGAUGAAGAGGUCGAAAUUUUCAUAGACCUGGGUGCCACUCAGGAAGAUCAUGACGUGACCGGCAACGAGAAGGACAUAACGAUGCAGGCGGGGAAGCAGAAGGGGGUUCUUCCCCUUAUCCGGAAGUUUAAUGAGCAUUCGGAACGUCUAUUAAAAUCCGCUCUAGGCGAAGACGGUCCUACGACGAAACGCAGACGAAUUGACGAUGAUGCAUCACACCUACGAGAUUACUAUGCACAGAUUGAUAUAGAAGAUCUGCACGAUUUGCAAGACACCACUGGUAUAAUCCUUGAGAUGCAAGAUCGACAGCGUUAUUUCGAAGGUGGCAUGAAGAGUGCCGCCUCGGAGGACGCCUCGAAACACGAAAUUGAUAUCAAAGUUGCGUUGCGAGAAGCCAAAGACAACUUGCAUGAUUGGGCCGGAGCACUCAGUAAUCUCAAGCUAGAGAAGAAAGCAGCCGAUGCCUCCGUGGUAGCCAUGACCCAGAAUGUCCAGGCUCGUCUAACUACUAAGACGCGGAAAAAUGACAUCCCUGAAGGACUGUUCCGCCAAAUGAGAACAUGCCAAACAGCUGCCAAUGAAUUCUUGCGGCAAUUCUGGUCCUCAGUAUAUCCACCACUUUCGGACCUACAAUCAGCAAACCCACCUACACCAGCACAGAAGGCUGCGAAAGCUGCUAAAAUGGCAGGUUAUCUUGCGAAGACGCAUGAGAAGGUCGAAGCUUUGGUACGGACUGCGCAUGCCGAAGGUAUCGACCCCGAGCGCGUGCGAGUGGCCAUGAAGCCCCUCACGGACGCUGUUGACCAGGCUCUGACAUUUCACCGCACCAGAAAGCCUGUCAAUGCCAAGUAG